UCACACGGACAGAGUAUGCAAAAGCUCAUAUUUUUACUGCACAGUGUUGCAUUUUGCUGCGUGCACGCUUUGCCGUUGGCGGAACCACAGGACUUUCAAACCGGCGCGCUUAUGUUGGCGGGUCAAAUGAAGGAGGUGCUGGAUAACGGUGCAGCCAUGCACGAUCAAAAGGAAUUCGAAUUUAUGGGCGCCAAAGUAAGCAAUGAUAUGGCCUUCGGCUUUGGUGAUGCGCUGAAAAUGCCACGACGUAGGCGCAGACGUGAAGUUGAGCCAGAGGCUGAGGGUGCAGAUAACUCCUUAGGCAAUGAAACAGACAAUUCACUCAUCACUGAUUACAUUGAAUGUGUACCGUUCGAACUUGUGUUUCCAGACGGUGGUGCAUAUCUCGAAAAUGAGGAACGUAAGAAACGAGCCCCUGCUCCACGCAGUUCUUCGCAGAGUAGUUCAUCGUACUCUUCGUCAGAUUCAACGUCCUCCUCAUCGUCUUCGUCGAGUGAAUCUGAUGACCGUUAACGGUUGAUAACGCAGAGUAUAUGAACUAAGUAAAACGCGAAUUUUUCAAUAAAAUCUUUUUUUUUUUUGA